UUUGUUUUGCCAUACUUGUGCUGUCAGUUGUCGGCAGUAAACGCACCACGAAGCUGAUUGAUAAAUGUCAGAAAAAAAAGAAAGAAAAGAGGCAGUACAUCCGGGGCGGGCUUUCAGAUUGAUUGACUGGUCAACGGCACAAUCGUAACGCUCUUCCGUAUGCUGGUAGUAACAGAGCGAAAAUGGCGUAGGGCGGAGGGUGUGCGGAGACGGUGGACGAGGGGACCUUCUCCGUUCCCGGGACGGAGGAAGCGAGAAAAGCGGGACCCUCCUCGGUGGUUUAUCGGUUUUAUUCUUCUCUCGACGUGUCCUCGCCCGGUCGCGGGCCCCCUCUUUCACGGCACCCGGCGUAUCCGUCUGGUUCGGGAGACCUGGACGUGUCACCGUAGAAGAAGAAACCCCUCUGGCUUCUGUUUACCAUUGUGAGCUGCAGCAGCUCGAACCCCGGUGGAAAUACCUCCGCAUCAUUUCGGACCAAGGAUGGCUUCUCCAGUCGAUGUAGUUGUGAAACCAGACUGGAGGAACAUCUCCCUUCAAAUCGGCACCAUUGACAGACCACGUCCACGCAGACUCCUGGAGGCCGAUAAACUCCUGAAAGUCAUCAGGCAGCAUUAUCAACGAGAAACGGACACGCAGGAGGAAAGACAGGCUCAAGAGAACGAUGUUACUGCGGUUCAAGGAGACGAAACUGUGACAGAAGGCGGUGCUCAGGGAAAUCAAGACGUGUUCGGCCCCGCUGUGUUUGUGAACACACGCAGAGGCAGAAACGGUACCAAGAGGAAGAUCUCUGAUCCCGCACCAGCGACCGGAUGUGAUGCCAGGUCACCUCCGAGUGCUACAGAGGGUGACACUGAAGUGGCUGCAUCUAGUCCACCCUCUGGUGCUCAGGGUGCUAAGAAGAGAAAAGUGUCCUCUACCAAGGAUUCUGACAAAAGUAAAACUGAGCCUCCUCAGGAGGCCGCUGGCAGUGAGCAGUCGGACAUUAAGGAUGAAGCACCUGUGCAGAGCAACACAGAAAAAGCACCCCGAGUGGCCCGUGCCGGUAAAAUCCCUCGUUACCAAGGACACCAGCAGAAGAACAAGCUGUUGUUGAAUCCCGUCACCCCGAACUUCAAAAAACUCCACGAGGCACAUUUUAACAAGAUGGAGUCGAUUGACACGUAUGUCCAGCGAAAGACCAAGCAGAUGGAGACUUCCAGAAGUUCCGUUAAAAAACCGAAGAGGCUUUCAGCCAAAACUAAACCGCAGCAAGUUGAGGGCAAAGCUCAAGGGAAGGCGAAUCAGAGUCUUGCGUCCAUGUUCAGCCCCGUCCCCGUGGCCAAGAGACCAGCUGAGGACAGACGCACGCUGCCCUCGGCCAGCAAAGCUCCUCCAGCUAAACCUGCAGCGAAGGAAGACGCUCCGUUCAGACCGUCUGUCCUUUCCUCUCGCAGGGUCAAUGUUCGGUUCACAGAAGCCACUCGUGACAACGCGAGCCAGAAGUCCUUGGUGAAGACGCCGGCACGGAUGUCGCUCGGUGUGACCUCCAGCACCCCAAAAAGACAGGCCGCUGGUGGAGGAAAGCCCAAAAAUGUCAAGAUUUCGACUUGCUCUGCCACAAAAACUCCAGCUUUUGUUUUCACCGGCAACACAAGCACUUCAACAAGCCCCGGGACACAAAAGAAGUCGGGCUUUGAUCUAAAAGAGAGUCUUUCUCGUCCCCUCACCUACAAGCCUCAUGCAGGUAAACUGAAGCCGUUUGGAGACAACCAAGAAAACACGGCAGCCAACAAGUCCCUGAUUUCUAACUCUCAUCAGAAGAAUUACAAACAGCACCAAGUCCAGACGAGGGGAGCGAGGAGGGCAAAACACGUGGAGGACCGGAAGCAGAAGAAAGAGAGUAUGCUUGGAGCAAGACGAGGCCUCGUCAUGCUGUAAAAAAAGAUCGUGCUUGUUUGGGGACAUUUUGUACAGCCUGUUCUUCCAGUGUAAAUAUUUUGUCAUUUCUAUAGUCUCUUAGUCUGCUCAUUUAUUUUCUGCUUCUAUCUAACCUUUUGUCUUUUUAGAUUUGACUCGUGAUGUUUAACACCUUAAAGCUCUGAAUGAAGCUUUUUUAUUUUUUAUUAAUGUGUUUUUGUAGAGAAUCUCUCUGGUUUUGCUGCAUUUAAAACUGUAAUUUUGUUCUUUAGAAUAUGAUGUGCUUUGUUUUAACUUUUUUGGAAAGGCCGAUGAAAAAAAUCCCUUGUCUGCAUUGUUCAUUUAAGUGAAAAUUGCUAUCGCGGUUUAGUCUUUAUGAUAUAAUUAAAUCUGUUCCACAAAGAAAGUCA